AUGUAUGCUAUAGGAGGUAGUGCUAACCCAACCAUUUUAAGUGAAGGGAAUUUUUAUGUAGCACCAAAUGACCCAAGUGCAAAACAGGUAGAAAUAGUGGCAUCAAAUGACCCAACCAUUGGAAGUUGUGCUCCAAAUUACUCACCUUCUCAAUCUUUAAGUGUUGCUCCAACAUACAUGGUACCUGCAAUAACUCUCAAUGCAGGUCCCAUAAAUUGUAUUGUUGGGAGAACAUUGGUGCGUAAGGCGAUCAUGCGGCUGAUUUUUUCAUUCAAUGAACUUGAGAUAAAAUACAACCCAACAUCACAUAAAUAUGCCAAGUGGGAAGCAAAAAGGCCUAUGUAA